AUGGUCCGGGCCAUCGUUCCUGAUCACCUGAGAAGCUCUUCGCGGAUAGACCCCGCGGAUGGACACAUGAUGCGCCCCAAGGUGUUCAUUAUUGCCAUGGUGAAGCCACUCCCCCUAUUCAAACCAGAAGCCGCAAAUUGGCUGUCCAAAGACAGCGAGGUCAGUUUCACUCGUACUGUGCCUCUACUGGGUCUUUCACGAGCAUACGACACCAUCCACUGCACUGAAGAUGGGUCGGUAUGCUUGAUGACCGCAGGGACCGGAUUGAUCAAUGCAGCUCUGUCGGUCUCAGCGCUCACGUCUUCGAGUCGGUUCGACCUGUCCAAGUCCUAUUUCAUCCUGAGUGGGAUCGCUGGUGUCAAUCCUAGGGUCAGCACCAUCGGCGCCGUGACUUUUGCCAAGUUCGCUAUUCAAGUCGAUACACAGAUGGAAUGGGACGGCAGAGACAUUCCAUCCAGCUGGUCCACCGGGUACGUGCCAAUGGGUGCACCUUCGCCCGAGUCCUUCCCAAGAUACAUACAUGGGACAGAGGUAUUUGAGCUGAACGAUGACUUGAGACAAAUCGUCAUGUCUUUCGCUCGCAAUGCCGACCUCGAGGACUCGGAAGAAGCCGCCAAAUACCGAGCAAAAUACCCUGGAGCUGCAGACGACAUGUACCGCGCUGCUACAUCAAAGCCAUGCGUCACCGAAGGCGACGUGCUUUCUUCCAAUGUAUUUUGGCACAGCUACCGCUUGUCCGAGGCUAUGGCACAUGUUGCCAAGGUGUACACAUCUGGCCAGGCCAACUACGUCAUGACGGCCCAGGAGGAUUCCGCUAUUCUGGCGGCGCUGCUUCGAGCUGCCCUCCAGCACAAAGUAGACUUCUCCCGGAUCAUUCUGAUGCGGUCAGGGUCCAAUUUCGAUCGUGAACCUCCUGGUUCUGAGCUUCCUGAGCUUCCCUUCGUUCUAGAUCACGGAGGGCUACAGCCUUCACUUCGGAACCUCUAUCUCUCCGGAGUCAGAGUCAUCGAAGGUAUCCUAAAGGGAUGGACUACUACUUUUGAAAGGGGUGUCGCGGCUACAAACUAUUUUGGGGAUGUCCUUGGUUCACUCGGGGGUCUUCCGGACUUUGGGCCGUGUAACAGCUAA